GCUGGCGCAGGCACCCUGGGGGGCGCUCUGGGGAGCGGGGCCAGGGCCAUCUGGGCAGUCUCCCCAACAGCCACCUUCUGGGGCCCCUCAGACCUCCUGGACUCUCAGCACCUUCCUGCUUUCGUUGGCUCGCCCAGCCUGCCAGGUCUCCGUUUUUCUUCCCAGCCUGCGAGUGGUGGUGGUGGUGUGUGUGGGGGCUGUACCUGUGGGCCCCGAGGAGAUGCCGGGUGCUCGAGAGCCCCAGGACUGGCACCCCGAGGAGGGGGCAGCGGCGGGGCUGCAGGGCUUCGCCUUGGACAAGACCUUCCUCUCUUCCCUCAGAGGGAUCCUGCUGGAAACCGAGCUGGUUUUCGGCAUCAUCCUGGUGUCUGUCUUUAUUUAUGAUGCCUUUAAGAUCUACCAGACGGAGAUGGCCCCGAGAGCCACCGAGGGAGACCAGCAGUGACCUCUGGGACUACCUGGCUCUCACGGCCCAGCCAGGCAAAGGGUACAGGAGAGCCCAGACACAGCUCCCUGCCCACUGCCCCCCACCCCCAACCCCCCAGAUGCCUGCAGAGAUGGAACCUGGCCUGAGAAGUUGCCAGGGUCUUGCUGGUGGGGCUUGGUGCUUUGGGGCCCUGGCUCGGGAUGCAGCUCCUGACAGGGAAGAGGGAGGCAGGGAGGGGGCUAGGAGGAAGCUGUCCCCCGCAUCAUUCUUAAAUGAAAAGAUUCAAAUUCUA